ACACCCCUCCCCUUCUUCCCCAGGCAAGCAACAAGGGCGCCACAAAUAAUAGCAAGUGAUCAUCAUCGAUCCAGCUUGCUAAUAAGCCCUUCUUCCUCGUCUCCGAUCCGUUUGACAAUUCUCAAGGAGGAACCAUGGAGAUGAAGAAGGUCGCCUGCGCCGUCCUUGUCGCCGCCUCGGCCACCGUGGCCCUCGCCGCCGAGGGCCCGGCCCCCGCCCCCACCAGCUCCUCUGCGGCCGCCUUCCCGGCAAUGGGCGCGGUGCUCAGCGCCUCCGUGCUCUCAUUCUUCGCCUACUACCUCCAGUAAAAAGGAGGAGGAAGAGACCAGAAGCCUGCUGGCUGCUACUGCCAGCAUUUGAUUUAUUUCCGUUUAUGGUAUACGUACCUUAUUAAUUUGGGUUCGAUUUGGAUUAUUUGACCAUGUUGGUUGAUCCAUACAUUUUAUUUCCUUGCCUUGUUCUCCCCUCGUAUAUAUUAAUUUCGAUCUGUAAAGAGGGGAGAACUGGAGGCGCUAUUUGUUUGGACAUGAAAGUUGGAAAUUAAUCACUACCUGUUUGUUUGAAUUUA